UUGAGAAAUCAGUGGCAUCUUUGAUUUGAACAAAAUGACAAACAUCCCAUUGGAUUUAUAAAUUCACUGAAGUUUACUUUCCUCAAGCAGUUUCAUCCAGAAACUUCAUCCUGAGCGAGUUUAUAACUUCUGCCCCAUGUAGAGUGAGAGAGUGUUUUUAAAGAUGGCUCCUUAUUGGAGAGCAGGAGCCCAGGCUUUGGCAAUAUCUCUGGGGAUUCUGCAGUGCUUUGGAUGGCUAUCUGCUCAGACCGUAAGGACUAGUGUUGGAAUAUCUGGGAGAAAUCCCGAUCAAUCGCCAAUGUUCCACGAAAGAGUAAAGAGAGGCUGGGUGUGGAAUCAGUUCUUUGUCGUGGAGGAAUACACCGGCACAGAACCGCUGUACGUCGGAAAGAUCCAUUCAGACUCUGAUGAAGGGGAUGGAUCAAUCAAAUACACUAUCUCUGGAGAGGGGGCGGGGUCUAUUUUCAUCAUCGAUGAGGUCACCGGUGACAUUCAUGCCACAGAGAAAUUGGAUCGUGAGGAGAAAACGUUCUACACAUUGCGAGCUCAGGCGAGAGACCGGCAGACCGACGCGCCCCUCGAACCCGAGUCAGAGUUUGUCAUCAAAGUCCAAGACAUCAAUGACAGCGAGCCAAAGUUUCUAGAAGGUCCAUACAUUGGAAGUGUGGCGGAACUCUCUCCUAUUGGUACUUCGGUGAUGAAGGUUAUGGCUUCCGAUGCAGAUGAUCCGACCUAUGGAAGCAGCGCAAGGAUAAUUUACAGCGUUCUGGAAGGAGAACGAUUCUUUACCGUUGAUCGACAAACUGGAGUGAUUCGGACGGCCGUGGCGGAUCUCGACCGGGAAACGCAGGACCGUUAUGAGCUGGUUGUCAAGGCAACAGAUAUGGCAGGCCAAAUGGGUGGUCUCUCCGGCUCUACCACGGUGACUAUAGUGAUCACGGAUGUUAAUGAUAACCCUCCACGCUUCCCUCAGAAGAUGUAUCAGUUUUCGGUCUCAGAAGGGGCGGCAGUAGGGACACCGGUCGGGCGGGUCAUAGCGACAGAUGCAGACAUGGGCGAGAACACAGAUAUGAGUUACUUGAUCAAAGAUGAGGAGGGAGGGGAGCUCUUCAGAGUGUCGACGGAUGGCGACACACAAGAGGCCGUCAUCACCAUCAAAAAGCCUCUAGACUUUGAAAGCAAACACACACAUAACGUGGUCGUUGAGGCCGUAAACAAACACGUGGACCCUCGCUUUGUGGAUCUAGGGUCCUUUCGAGACCAGACCAUCGUGAGGGUCAGCGUCUCGGAUGUGGAUGAGCCCCCCAUCUUCUUCCCUCCAACUGGCACCAUCAUGGAAGUUCAAGAAGACGCUAGAUUUGGUGCUCUUGUUGGCAUCGUGACGGCAAAAGAUCCUGACAUGGAUAAUGUUCCAGUCAGGUUCUCUAUAGACCGGAGCACAGACCAGGAGCAGAUCUUUAAUAUCGAUCCUGUUACAGGCGCCAUCACUCUUGGAAAAAUAUUGGACCGGGAGACCGCCGGCUGGCACAAUAUUACGGUUACAGCGGUCGAAGCAGAUAACCAGUCCAUGGCGUCACAGACUGCCGUUAGCAUCCGCAUACUGGACAUAAACGACAACCCUCCGGAGCUCGCGACUCCUUACGAGGCCUCUAUCUGCGAGGAUGCCAAACCUGGCCAGCUCAUUCACACCAUCAGUGUUGUCGACCGGGACGAGCCACAAUCUGGACAUCGAUUCUAUUUCACACUGGCACCUGAAGCCUCCAACAACCGGCAUUUUACGCUAUGGGACAUCAAAGACAACACCGCGGGUAUCAGGACGCAGCGCUCUGGAUUUAACCGUCAGGAGCAGAACGUUUACCUGUUACCCAUCCUGGUAGUUGACAGUGGCCCUCCCGCCCUCAGCAGCACGGGAACGCUCACCAUCCAUGUGUGCGGCUGCGACAUGGAUGGAGCUAUCCAGUCCUGUAACACCACGGCUUACGUCAUGUCCGUGGCACUCAGUCCCGGCGCUCUUAUCGCACUGCUGGUCUGCAUCCUCAUUCUCAUAGUCCUGGUGCUGCUCAUCUUGACCUUGAAGCGCCACAGGAAAGGUCAACGCAUGUCCGAAGAUGAGGAAGACAUGCGUGACAACGUCAUCAAAUACAACGACGAAGGCGGAGGUGAGCAAGACACCCAGGCGUACGACAUGAGCGCCCUGCGCAGUCUCUACGACUUCCCAGAGGUCAAGAGCUCAGACUCGGGUCCGGACCUUCGCUCGGUCCCCCAGUGGAUCCAAAACCGGGUGACCGGAGACGGAGGGCCCGCGGACUUCUCCGUCUUCCAAGGCUAUAUACGCAAGAAGGUGGAGCAAGCGGACGCAGACUUUUCAGUGCCGCCUUACGACUCGUUCCAGACGUACGCUUUUGAAGGAACCAGCUCGCCUGCGCUUUCGCUUAGCUCCAUUCGUACAUUGUCGACAACAUCUGAACAGGACUUCUCCUAUCUCAGCGAUUGGGGACCUCGUUUCAGGCAGCUGGCAGGAUACUACGCCCCGGCCCAACCUGAGGAGGAAGGGUCCUAGCACCAUCGUUACACCUUUCGUGAUCUCCUAUACCCCAUUCUCACCGACUUUCCUCUCUCGGAAGCCCCUCUCGUGGGUCUUGGAGCCAAUUUUUCUCUGUUGUCUUCGCCCAAAGUUCCGAAGUGAUAUUUGUUGGGACCCAGUUAGUUUUAAUGUCACCCGGUACACUGUGUAAAGUGACUUCUUGUCUAGUAGAAGAGUUCAGGACAAAUAUUACAGGGGACGAGUUCAGGGCCGUGGGACUGGGCAGAACUCCAACAUCCUCUCAUUGCCCUGUCAAUGAGAGCAAUCAGAAAACAUGGCCGUGCCAAAUGCACCACACAAGACACACUGUUUACUUUUUACUUUUUUUUUUUUUUUGCUUUCUUCAUCUGUGGAAACAAACAUUUGUUACUCACCAGGAAAAGGAUGGAUACAAUGGUAAAUGACUUUUUAAAUACCAUCGUGAAAAAUAAUGUGAAUAAAUAUGUAUUUAUUUAAAGAAAAACAGACCAAGAAAAAAAAAAGGAAAAUGAUAUUUGUGUAUUUAUUGCUUUCUAUUUAUUUAUUUAUUCAUCCUGGCAAUGGGCCAAAAAAUGGACACGAUUUUUGAAGAAUAUUGACUGUCAGGGUGACAGGCUGAAUAAAGCGCGGGUGAAUAAAGGGUUGACCGAAAUGCGAAAGAGUGGGUGGGUUUGUUGAAGUUUGCAAAUUAUUGGUGACACGAGUAAACCAGUCUUGAAAAUCUUUGUAUUUAUUUUUUAGGAACUCUUUUUUGUAAAAUACGAACCAAUACUGGCUGAGAUUUUAAAAAAUGGAUAUGGGGGGAAAUCACACACAUGCGUGUCCAGUUCAUAUUUCACCCCAAAAUCAAGAGAAAUAAAAUAAUUUAUAAUUUGCAUUAAAAAAAAUUAAAAUAAAAAUAAGCUUAUUUUUAGGAUGUUUGAUGUAUUGAAAAAAAAAAUUAUUUACUGCUAAGCAAUAAAUAAAUAAAUAUUUAAAUUGUAAUGCAUUUACGCAUCAUGGUAGUAUUUACUGUACUGCCUUUAUGUUGAUUUUAAUUAAAUAAAAUUGUUGUAUUACAUUUAACUUUUCUGUAAUACAGUAAAAAAUAAUUAUUACAGUAAUGUAAAUUACUUUUGCGAAUUAUGAGAAUUUAAAAAAAAUUGCUUAAUGUGAAAAUAAUGUUACAUGGACAAAAAUCUUAAUAGUCCUUAAAUAUGCUUCAUUUUAAUUAAGAAAAACAUGAUUUCUUUUUUUCUCUUUUUUGAUUUUGGGAUGAAUCAUGUUCUUGACAGGUUUCAUAAGAUUCACUCAUUAGUGAUGGAGAAAGCUCAAGGAAUCAUGUGCCAGUGAAGUGUGAGGAUUUGCUUAGUUUUGUCUCACCAUACAUUUAGUGUGUUGUUGCUUUUAAACUAUUUAUCCAGAUCACUUGUGGAUAUUGCGUCCUUUCGGAUUUUUUUUUUAAUUAUUAUUAUUUGGAGUCAGUUUUCAAUGGGAGUAUUUAAUAAUACAUUGUACAAUACACAAAAAGAACAAAAAAGUUUACAUAAUGGGUUCUUCAUCCGUUAUUUUACAAAUAUCUCAAAGUAUACAUGAUCAUUCAAGAUGUGUGCAUGUGCCAAAAUUGUUCCAGCUUGCUUUAUAUGGGUGAUUUGAUUGGUUUUGUUUCAUUCAUUCUGUGUUGGUUUGGGCUGAUGAAACACUAGAGUGAUUCGAGAGGGAUGCAAAAGUCAUUUUUACACAGAACCAGCACCCGAACCUUUUAAAUGUCUAUCCAAAAAUGCAGAUGUAUGGCUAAAAAUACAA